ACUUCCCUGUUUUGCACGCGUUCUCACUUAUUGAAGUAACACUUGUUGACAAGACGUAGCCUACAUAGCUUUCAUGUCCUCUGUCAAAAUGAGAAAUAGACGACCGAAUACUGCGGAUAGCAAUGCAGACAGCACGCCCGAGUUAAAACAGUCUAAACAGAGUCAGCAGAAAACAGCAAAAGGGCGACAGCCAGGUUGUCGAUCUCUAUUGAUAUUGAGAACCAAGAGGAUAGCGUUGUUGCUGUGUACCGUCUACAUCUCAGUGCCUGUCGUUGUCUACCUGUUUCCAUGGAUACUCGGUCAUGUCAUAUAUCUCCACCUGUUAAGAUUUCCAUUCUUUGCCGACCUCGCUAUCCCUUCAGAAUUCCUGAACUACACCACUAACUUCCACCUCUCACCAGAGGAGGGAGUCUCCGUGGGUGUGUGGCAUACUCUCCCUGUCAGCCAAUGGGAGCAGGCCGAGGGGAGAGGCCCAGAGUGGCACAGGGGAACCCUGGGAGAUGGCCGCCCAGUCAUUAUCUAUCUCCACGGCAACACUGGGACCAGGGCACUCAGUCACAGAGUCAACCUGGUGAAGAUCCUGAGUGCAGCUGGAUAUCAUGUCCUGUCGCUAGACUACAGAGGGUAUGGAGACUCUUCUGGGGAGCCCACUGAGGCUGGCCUGACCACUGACGCCCUCUACCUGUACCGCUGGGUGAAGCAGCGGAGCAGAAGCCUGGUUUUCCUGUGGGGCCACUCCCUUGGCACCGGGGUGACAACCAAUGUUGCUCUGAGGGAACAGCAGCAAGGGUCACGUGUCGAUGCUGUGAUUCUGGAGGCUCCUUACACAAACAUGGGAAAGGCUGCAGAAUGCCACCCCAUCAGUAUGAUGUACAUGUUUAUUCCCGGGUUCAAGAGCUUACUCUGGAAGAUCUUAGAAAUGAACAACAUUGUGUUUCCUAAUGACAAAAAUCUGGAGACCUUGGCUUGCCCUGUUCUGAUCCUACACUCAGAGGAUGACAACGUUAUUCCCCAUCACAUGGGACAGGAGCUGUACAACAUCGCACUCCAGGCUGAGAGGGCUAGAAACGCUGGCGACCAUGUUGAGAUGGUAACCCUCCCUGCAUCCUUGGGUUACUCCCAUAACUACAUCUACAUGGACCCCAGCCUGACCACUGUGGUUGGUCUGGAGACCUUGGCUUGCCCUGUUCUGAUCCUACACUCAGAGGAUGACAACGUUAUUCCCCAUCACAUGGGACAGGAGCUGUACAACAUCGCACUCCAGGCUGAGAGGGCUAGAAACGCUGGCGGCCAUGUUGAGAUGGUAACCCUCCCUGCAUCCUUGGGUUACUCCCAUAACUACAUCUACAUGGACCCCAGCCUGACCACUGUGGUUGGGGGAUUUCUUCAGAGAGUAAAGCAGAAGUAAGCUCUUAUAGAACUUUCUGUUUAACACUUGAGCUUGUUGACCAUCCCCUCUACAUCUCCUGCAUCUUCCCUGUGUCGGUGUGCAACCUUUGGGAUAAAUGACCCAUGUUAAAUAAACAUCUAUUAAACGACUGACACACUGCAGUUUAUUAAAGUGAAAAAAACUAUUUGAAGAAUCCUUUGUUAUUCUCAAAUACAAUUAUUUCCCCCCAUUCUUAUUAAUAAAAGGUUGAAUGGCCUUGAUGGCAUGCACACACACACACAACUACAACAGAACAUCAUUUCAAAAAGAUUUAGACAAAAC